AUGACCGUCCUGAAGGGUGACGCAGCAUUUCAAGCCCGCUCUCUGGCACUCGAUGGGAGAGAGGCGCAGGAGCUGAUGCAAAAGGGCUUGAGAGAGUUACAGAUGAUGAAGAGGCAGACGGUUGUAAGCCAAUUCUUCCAACUCGACAGAUUAGUCGUCGAAGGUGGGAAAUCGGGAAAGCAGACAGGGACUGAAAGUGACAUUGUGCGACAAACAUCCGAGUGA